AAUAAGGUAGGCAACCAGCUCACCAUACAUGUAAUUGCCUACCUUAUGGAACGAACAAAUACAGUUAGUAGAGAACCGGAAUGGCGUCUAAAUAACACAAAUCCAGAUCCUUAGAAAAGAGACAAAACAGAUUAUAACAUGGCGCAGUCGAUGGAUAAAUAGUCAAAUAACGAAUCUACAUUGCGGUGAGUGUAGUACAGUGAGCAAUGAUGGGUGAACAGCGAGGAAUAGCACCCAUGAGAAUGGAAGGAAAUUUGGCGGAAAAUUGGGCCACGUGGCGAAGUCGUUUCAACAAUUAUCUUACAGCCUCUGAAGUGUCCAAGAAGGAUCAAACAAUUCAGUGUGCACAACUGCUACACUACAUUGGAGAAGAGGGUUUCAAAAUAUACACUACAUUCCAGUUCGCUGAUGGUGAAGCUGGUAAACUCUCAGUUUUAAUGGAAAAAUUCGAAGCUCAUUUCGUACCAAAGGAAAACUUGUCAUACGAGCGCUAUAAAUUCUUCUCGUACAGGCAGCAAGGAAACCAGGCUUUUGAACAGUUCGUCACAGAAUUGAAGAAGCAGGCUCAGAAAUGUGCAUUCGACACUCUCGAGGACUCUCUAAUCAAAUCCAUGAUAAUCUGCGGGGUGACUAACUCGACGAUGAGGGAACGACUCCUCCAGGACGACUCUCUCUCAUUACAAAAGGCUAUAGAUCUGUGUUUGGCCAUCGAAACAUCAAAGCAGCGCACAGUGGCUAUAGAAAACAAGGAGGUUCCGCUGGAUGUCAUCCGUAAGUCAAAGGACAAGAAAGUGAAGCAAGGUCAGAUCUCGAACUGCAGUACACUCACACAACAGAAUAAUUCUAAGGACGGAUGGUUUACAAAAUUAAAAUUAAAAGACAAGUUUAUUAAUUUCAAAGUUGAUACGGGCGCAAUGGCUAACGUCCUUCCUUUAGAUUUAUUCAAAUCAUUGAAAAUGCCAAUGACAGAAAUACGAAAGACAAGUGUUAAAUUAAAGUCCUAUACAGGAAAUUACCUAAAUGUAUUAGGAAUUUGUAGGUUAAAGUGCAACAAAAAUAAUGUCAAUUACUUAAUAGAUUUUUUUAUUGUUAGUUCAGGUGAGCAGGCUAUUUUGGGUUUGCAAACGUGCGAAAAGCUGGAAUUAAUUAAGCGUAUCAAUUUCUUAAAUUCAAAUGAAAUUAUUUCCACGAAUUACAGAGAAUUUUUGGGACCAUUCGAGACAGUAUUCUCAGGAAUAGGGUGUAUUCACGGGGAACACCACAUCCAGCUAUUGCCUGACGCCAAACCAGUCGUACAUGCGACAAGGCGAGUUCCAUUGCCAAUAUUAAAUCAGUUAAAAGAAACUCUAGAUGAAUUAAUUGCACAUAACGUUAUUGAGAAAGUUGACGGUCCCUCAGAUUGGGUAAAUGCACUAGUGGUAGUACGGAAACCAGAUGGAAAAUUACGUAUCUGUUUAGAUCCACAAGACCUGAAUCGUGCCAUAAAGCGGGAAUAUUGUGCGAUACCAACUUUAGAGCAAAUAACAAGUAAAUUAGCAGGUGCUACCGUAUUCAGUAGUCUAGACGCAACAAACGGGUUUUAUCAAAUACAACUAGACAAAAUGAGUUCGGAUUUGUGUACAUUCGGAACUCCGUUUGGAAGAUACAAAUUUCUUCGACUUCCAUAUGGAAUUAAAUCAGCACCAGAAGUGUUUCAGACAAAAUUCAAAUCAAUUUUUAAUUUAGAAGGAGUAGAAGUGUAUAUCGAUGAUAUAAUCAUUUGGGGUCGAAACAGAGCAGAACACGAUGCACGAUUGCAAGCGGUGUUACAAAUUGCAAAAGAAAACAAUGUCAAGUUCAAUCAAAAUAAAUGCAAAUUUGGGGUGGCAAAACUCAAAUACAUGGGACAUUACAUUUCCGGGAGAGGUAUUGAACCCGAUAAUUCUAAAAUCGAGGCAGUUUUGAACAUGCCGCAGCCAACUUCAAAGCAGGACGUUCAGCGUUUGUUAGGUAUGUUAACAUACGUUAGUAAAUUCAUUCCAGAAUUUUCAACAAAAACCUCACCCUUGCGAGACUUAAUUAAAAAAGAAGUAAAUUUCGAGUGGACAAGUCACCAGGAAAAAGCAUUUACAGAGAUAAAAAAAAUUCUAACGUCAAAACCAGUUUUACAGUUGUAUGAUGUAAAUAAAGAUGUUACAGUUUCAGUAGACAGUUCUAAAAACGGACUGGGGGCGGUAAUUUUGCAAAACAGUCUUCCGUGUGCAUAUGCUUCCAAAACAAUGACCGAGACUCAGCAAAGAUACGCACAAAUAGAGAAGGAGCUCCUGGCAAUCUGUUUUGGUCUAACAAAAUUUCAUGACUACGUUUAUGGCAAAAAGGUAACUGUCGAAACGGACCAUCAACCUCUUAUCUCUAUCUUUAAAAAGCCAUUAAAUAAAUGCCCAGCGAGAUUACAGAGAAUGUUAUUACAGUUACAAAAAUAUGAAAUUAAUUUAGUCUACAAACCAGGCAAAUAUUUGCUCUUAGCGGACGCGCUAUCUCGAGCUACGUAUACUGACAAUACACAAAAAGAUGAAAUAGAGGAGGAAAUUGACGCUCAUGUGUUUCUAAUACAAACUCAGAUUAAUGCUACUCCAGAAAAAAUUAAUCAAAUUAAAGAAGCCAUUCAAAAUGACCCAGAAAUGCUGGAACUAAAACACGCGAUAACAGAAGGAUUUCCGAAAAAUCUUAAACGUGCAAGUCAUACAAUCAAACGGUACGCCAAAUACAAACACGAAUUAACUGUUAUUGACGAUUUAAUUUACAAAGGUCAGUCUCUCGUUAUUCCAUAUAAAAUGCGCAAAGACAUGAUAGAGAGAAUCCAUUACAGUCAUUUAGGCGUGAAUAAAUGUUUAAAACUGGCGAAAGAUUCAGUCUUUUGGCCUACGAUGACCAACGAAAUUACUCAACGUGUUCUUAGUUGCCAUACAUGUUUACAUUUCUCUAAAUCCCAGAGUAAUGAGCCUCUCAAAAGUCAUGAAAUACCAAUACUACCUUGGAAUAAAGUAGGCUCAGAUAUUUUCGAGUAUAAUGGAAACAAGUAUCUUCUUCUAAUUGAUUACUAUUCAAAAUACAUCGAAAUCGAAAAUCUCAGUCAAAAUAUGACUAGUAAUAACAUCAUAAACAAAAUGAAAUCUGUGUUUUCACGACAUGGAAUUCCAGUAACGUUAGUAACAGACGGAGGAACACAGUAUACAUCCAAAGAAUUUGAUCAUUUUUGCAAAGAAUGGGAGUUUGCACAUAUUGUUUCUUCACCAACUCAUGCUAAAUCAAAUGGAAUGUCUGAAAGAAAUGUUCAAACAGCCAAAAACAUCUUUAAAAAAAAUUUGCAUGAUAAAAAAGAGAUAUAUAUGGCACUCUUGCAAUAUCGAAGCACGCCCAUUUUUGAGAAUGUCUCGCCAGCCGAAAUCUUGAUGUCACGUAAAUUACGCACAUUAAUUCCAACGACAGUAAAAAAACACACACCUAAAGUAGCCUCACAAUAUAAUUCAUCAACAAUAAAGCAAAAGCAGGCAGUUCAAGCUGAAUAUUUUAAUAAAUAUAAAACCAAAAAACUAGGUGAUCUUCCUGUAAACUGUAAUGUGUAUGUACAAACGAAACCAAAUUCUACAUGGACACCUGGAAUAGUCAUAAGUAAACUUAGAGAUAGGACGUACAAAAUUAGGUUGGACAAUGGCGCAUGCUUGAUCAGAAACCGAAAAUUUAUCAAAUGCAAUGAGUACAUGCAAAACCGUUCAUUACCCAACCUAACUUAUAAUAAAAUUCAUUGUGAAAGGAAAGAGGAAAGAGAAGAACCUCUAAGAUGUUAUAUAGAAUUAGACAGUGCUAGUGAAUGUGAAACAAGUGAAACACCAACUGUGUUAGAACCAGAACAACAUGAACGAUACAAAACCAGAAGCGGCCGACCUAUAGUCCAGCCGGAGCGGCUUAAUCUUUAAGUUUUAAUUUUCUUUACGUUAAGAGAAAUAUGUUUUUUCUUUUUUUAUUUUUAAGGGGAAAGAUGUUAGGUAAAUAAGGUAGGCAACCAGCUCACCAUACAUGUAAUUGCCUACCUUAUGGAACGAACAAAUACAGUUAGUAGAGAACCGGAA